GCGAGCGGAGCGUCGUGUCGCGCCGCGUCGCCCGCUCCCCUUUAGGACCGCGCCGCCGAGCGACCGCCGCCGCCGCCGCCGGGGAGGAAGGGGCGAGUCUCCCCGGAGCCCUCUUGCCCCGCGGCUUCCCUUCCUGGGCCCGGCGCCGGAGGGGACGGGGGCUCCGGCGGGGCGCGAGGACCCCCGCGGAUCCCCUCAGGCUGGGGCUCGGUGGUGCCCGGGGCGGGUGAGAUGUCGGGCUGAGCGGGUUUUGGUGACUUCAGAGUCAUUUAGGGGUUUAGCUCUGAGGAAGUAGAGACACAAGGAUUGAGUCCAUUUACAUAGAAAGCUACAGCUCUUCACCAGUACUCUUUCCUCCUUCCCAUCCUUCCUCCCCCAUAGGGAAGGAAAAAUUUGGGAAUUAUCUUGACAGUCAUUUACUCCCCCUUUCCCCCUCAGAAAUCCGUCUUGGUCCCUGAGGCAUCUGCUAGACAUUGCCCGUAUUAGUACCAGGAGAACGUUGUUGUCAUCAUCAUCAUCAUCAUCCCUUCCUUGCUUUGGGCGCUUCAGUAGAACCUUCCCCUCCUUUGGAGUGCAGUGCAGAGAGGCACCCAGGAGACUUCCUUGCCACCCGUUUUGGUUAGUGGAGGAUUCAGGAAAAGGGGUACCUAGCAAGACACGUGACCUCAUUAAGGGAGCCAGAACUGAAGCAGCACUUGGCACGCUGAAGGAAGCACCCAUCUUUGGCAUUUUUUUUUCAUCUUCCACUCCUUCCUCACCAAAUUUCUGAAGUUCCAUUGAAAGGAAACGUUGAAGGUUGCAAGACAAGUCCAAGAUGUGCAGUUCAGUUGCUCCCAGGCUGUGGUUCUUAACAGACCGUCGCAUCAGAGAAGAUUACCCUCAGCAGGAGAUCCUGAGAGCACUGAAGGCCAAGUGCUGUGAAGAGGAGCUAGAUUUCCGGGCCUUGGUGAUGGAUGAAGUGGUGCUGACCAUUGAGGAUGGAAAUCUUGGUCUCCGGGUGAAUGGGGAGCUCAUUACUGCUUACCCGCAGGUGGUGGUUGUGCGUGUACCAACACCUUGGGUCCAGAGUGACAGCGAUAUCACAGUCCUUCGCCACCUAGAGAAGAUGGGCUGUCGAUUGAUGAAUCGUCCCCAAGCCAUCCUCAACUGUGUCAACAAGUUCUGGACGUUUCAAGAACUUGCUGGUCAUGGUGUGCCUCUUCCAGACACUUUUUCAUACGGUGGUCAUGAGAAUUUUGCCAAAAUGAUUGAUGAGGCGGAAGUGCUGGAGUUCCCUAUGGUGGUGAAGAACACGCGGGGUCACCGAGGUAAAGCUGUGUUCCUGGCACGAGACAAGCACCAUUUGGCAGACCUAAGCCAUUUGAUCCGUCAUGAUGCCCCUUACUUAUUUCAAAAAUAUGUUAAAGAGUCCCAUGGCAAGGAUGUACGUGUCAUCGUAGUAGGAGGCCGUGUAGUGGGCACCAUGCUUCGCUGCUCAACAGAUGGGAGGAUGCAGAGUAACUGUUCACUUGGUGGUGUAGGUAUGAUGUGCUCGCUGAGUGAACAAGGCAAGCAGUUGGCAGUCCAAGUGUCAAACAUCCUGGGGAUGGACGUGUGCGGCAUUGACCUGCUGAUGAAGGACGACGGUUCAUUCUAUGUCUGCGAGGCCAAUGCAAAUGUAGGUUUCAUUGCCUUUGACAAGGCUUGUAAUCUAGAUGUAGCUGGUAUCAUAGCGGACUAUGCCGCUUCUCUCCUUACCCCCGGUCGCUUGACGCGGCGCAUGUCCUUGCUCUCUGUGGUGUCCACGGCAAGCGAGACUAGCGAGCCAGAGCUGGGCCCUCCAGCUAGUGCCACUGUCGACAAUAUGAGUGCUAGCUCCAGCUCUGUCGACAGCGACCCUGAGACCACGGAGAGAGAGUUGCUCACCAAGCUCCCGGGGGCUCUAUUCAACAUGAACCAGCUAUUAGCCAAUGAGAUCAAACUUCUUGUGGAGUGAUGCCACAUGUAAAUAGAUGACCAACAGAACUCUCUCUUGUAAAUUUUUUUUAAACCAACUUGCAAUGCUGUUUAUCAGAGAAACUCAGAGGAGUGAGGAAAGGGGUGGGGGUGUCGAUCAAGAGAGCAAGAGUAAAAGGCACGCGUGCUGUAGUUGCUGCCCCUACUUUUUUGCAGAACAUAAAAUUGUGUUCAUUCUUCAGCAUCAGUUUUCUAAUGAAGAUGCUCUGUUCACAACCUAAGUGGGAAUUUUAUUUGGAUGCUGCUUAGGUCCCCAGCUGUGUUGCAGUUCAUGUGUGUUCACAGGAAAGCUCUGGAGCAUGAUUCAUGCUUGAAGAUUUUCAGAAAGCUGUCUGGCAGCUCCCUAGAAACUUCGGUGAAUUACUGCACCAGUUAAGUCUCUUCUUCCUCUGUAAGGCUUGAUCUUGUAAAUUGCCGAGUGCCUCAAAUUCUGAAUUUGAGUUGAAGGUGUUAAAUACCAGGUAUUUCAAAGUUUCUGGGCACCUUAGUACUCUUGUAGAUGGGAGUAAGUUCAGGAUCUUUUAAAAAAGUCAUCACUUUCUGACCUUGCAGGAUAUAGCCUUUCAAAUGAUGAGGCUGAGAGAAGUGUCAGUUGACUUAACGUGAGCUUUCUGUACAAAUCUGUAAUUUGUGCCAUCUUGGUAUUAAUUGACAGCUUUGUGUCUGUAUUUCUUUAUGAAACUUUUGAAGGAGGAUUUUAGUACUUGCGCUUUUCUCAUUUCAAAUCUUGAUUUUGGAAGGUAUGUAGGGGAAUUGGUCAUUCUAUUUGUGGCAGAAAUGGCACGUUUUAACUAUUUUUUGCGUGAUUGGAGGAGAUAAACAGCACUGUAAUGUUUGGUAUACAAAAUAAUGUUUAAUCCAAUGUGAAAAAGAAUUACACUAGUUUAAAGCAAACGUGCAUCGACUUGUAUUUGUUAGUGUUUUAGUCUUUUUGAGAGAGAUCUGCAAUGUUAAUGUUCCUUUUUUUUUUUUAAUACAUGCUAGUCCAACACUCCCUUCUCUAUGCCUGCAUCUUUAACAGUGGCCAAAGUGAAAACACUGCAGACUAUUUGUUAAGAAAACACUGAGUUAAAGCCUGUACAUUGGCAUGGGGUUUUUUUUUGUUUGUUUUUAUUUUUUGUUUUUUUUGAGGGGGGAAACGUGGUAAGGUGUGGAGGAGGAAAAAGUUGGUUAAAAGUGAUUAGACAUCUAGAGGUACUUUAGAAUAAAGCUGCAGUUCAUACAAUACUUACCAGGCUUACUUUUUCCCCAGUGAACAUAAAAGCUGAUGUUGGCAGAAAUCCAAAGAGGGGAGAAAUACUCAAUUCUUAGCUUUGGAAAACAUGCAGCAGAUUUAAAAAAGAAAAAUUAUUAAAAAAAAAAAAAAAAAAACCAGAAAAAAACCAACAAAGAGAGCUCGGCCAGAAUUAAAAAUAAAAAUAACCUAGGUCCACAAACAAUUAACAGAUUGAUCUUGGACCCUUAUGUGUGUGUGGUAUGAGCGCACACGCUUGUGUGUGUUUGUGUGUGUGCAUUUGCUUUGCUUUAUUUCUUUUUGGGUUUUGGCUGUUUAGCUUCUAAUUUUUUUCCAGGCUGUCUGAUUUUCCUUAGUCCUUCCGGCUGUGCAUUUUCUCAUUAGCCUUGAGCUCUUUUGGAAAACAGAUAACCAAAACAGAUACUGAGUCCAUUUUUCAGUCCUUAUCUUCUCCCUCCUUUUCCUCUUGUUUCUCCUCCCUCCCUUUCAUUCCUUUUUCAUUCUCUGGGUUCAUAAAGCCCUGGAACUAUAUAGAGAGAUAUAUAUAAAAAGAUAAGCCUCUUUUUUAAAAAAAAACAAAAAGUAAAACGUUUACAAUUGAAAAAUAAUCUUCUGAAAAUAGGGUUUGUUUGGAGGGGGGUUGUGUGUGUGCAAUGCUGCUGUUUUCUGGAUACUUUAAUGGAGCAUGUCCCAUGUACCCUCUGAGGCUCUGCACUGCCCACCUCUGUGGCCCCUCCUCACCUCUCUGCUGCUCUGCUGUUUUAUCUUCACUUGGACCUUAAACACAACUCACGGACAUUAUGCAGAGAGUCUUCAAGAGGCAAUAAACAGAACAGUAUUAACCUGC